AUGUCAUCCAACCUGUAACUCCCUCCUGGAUAUCGCUUAGUGUAUAAUAUUCUACUCGUGAAUUCAUUCCAAGCAACUGGUUGACAGACCCUCCUGAAAUGACUCAUGCAAAGCACUCUGAGAGGUUGAAGGUGCUAUAUCAAUGCAAGUUUUUUUUUGUCGCCACGUGGGUGGGAGAGAGGGAUUUAUAUCAGCACUUGGUACAGGAGGCUAGGAACACCAGUAAAGAGUUUGCCACAAACCCCUCUCCCACAUUGGGGGAAGCUGUCACUUUAAAUAAAGGGACCUACCUAUCCUCCACCCCUUUCGCUGCGGCUGGGGAGGGUUGUACUCGCUUGGUCGCUCGCUGCGAGGGGAGAGGUGAGCGGCUCCCACCAUGCUGCCUCGCCUCGGCUGCCUUUGGCUGCGCCUCGCCGCGGUUCUCGCCGCCCUGGAGUUCCAGCAUCACCGCUACGACGCGUUGGUUCGGGCGCUGCUCGGAGUGCAGAGGGACUGUCCCUUCAUCAGCCGGCUGUACAGCAUCGGGCGCAGCCAGCAGGGCCGACACCUGUACGUGCUGGAGCUUAGCGACCACCCCGGCGUCCAUGAGCCGUUGGAGCCAGAGUUUAAGUAUGUGGGGAACAUGCAUGGUAACGAGGUGCUGGGGCGGGAGCUCCUGAUCCAGUUGGCGCAGUACCUGUGUGAGGAGUACAACCGGAGGAACCCGCGCAUCACCAACCUGAUCCACGAAACCCGCAUUCACAUCCUGCCCUCCAUGAACCCUGACGGAUACGAGGUGGCUGCUGAUCAGGGGCCGGAGAUGAAUUCAUACGUGACAGGGCGGGCAAACGCCCGUGGGAUUGACCUGAACCGUAACUUUCCCGACCUACACCUGGCUAUGCAGAAGAUGGAAGGCAGGAACCACCACAUCUCGCUCGGCAGCAACUGGGAGGAGCAGGUGGAGCGGGAGACGUACGCCGUCAUCCGCUGGAUGCAGAGCUACAACUUUGUUCUGUCGGCCAAUCUGCACGGAGGGGCCGUGGUGGCGAAUUACCCCUUCGACAAGGCUCUGGAGCCUGCUGGACGUGUCCAGCACCGACCCAUCGUCUCCAGUACACCUGAUCAUGAACUCUUCCAGAAGCUUGCCCGUGUCUACUCCUUCUCCCAUGGAUGGAUGCACAGUGGGACCAACUGUGGAGACUAUUUUCCUGAUGGGAUCACCAAUGGAGCCAGCUGGUACUCACUUGCGAGGGGGAUGCAAGACUUCAAUUACCUCCACACCAACUGCUUUGAGAUUACGCUGGAGCUGAGCUGCAGGAAAUUCCCACCGGAGAACGAGCUGCAGCGGGAGUGGUACGGGAAUCGAGAAGCACUGCUAGCCUACAUCGAAGAGGUUCACAAGGGAAUUAAAGGAAUGGUUUUGGAUGAAAAUAACAAUGGGAUUCCUGAGGCUGUCAUCUCUGUUUUUGGCAUCAAUCACGAUGUCACCACAGGUCUGGACGGGGACUAUUUCCGUUUGCUGUUACCGGGGAAAUAUAUUGUUACCGCAUCAGCACCUGGUUAUGAAAGUCAAGCUGCUCACAUCAGUGUUAAUGAUAAUCAGUCAACUCGGCUGGACUUCCGACUGGUGCCCAAGGUGGUUGUGCUCUCUACCAGUGUGUCCACCGUCCCACCACGGCAGAACGUCACCGGCCAAGUACCCCAUCGCAAGGUGGGACCAAGGGCAACCCGGAGGAUACCACUGAGGCAGCAGUGGCACCAGAAGCUCCAGCAACAGAGGCACUGAGAAGCAAUUCAUCCUCCCUCCCUCCCUCCCACCCUCUUCCUUCCCCUCCUUCACCCUUCAUCCCUCUUUUCCCCCUCCCUUCUUCCCUUUUCACCCCUUUCUUCCUUCCCUGCUCUUCUCCUUCAUGCCCUUCCUCCUCCUCCUCCUCCCCCUCCCUCCCUCCCUCCCUUCUCCUCCUCCCUCCUACCCUCCCUUGCCCCCCCCCCUCCUUCCCUCCAAACCAGACCCUUUUCACUCAUUCAUCUCCAACCUCCAUGUUGGAGGAACGUCCUGGGAAUGGGGGUGCUGGGAGAAUCAUUUCCGCACGGAGCAGAACCUUUGUGAAGGGAGCAAGGCUUCUGGGCUGAGAACAUCUUUGUGAGAGACGGCACACUUCUGUCUGUAAGAGAGAGGAAGCAAUUAUGGAUAAACUCUGUCCUGAGGACCAAAUCAGACCAAAGAUCUUUUACCUUUUUAAAGUCAUAUUUUCUGUGUCUGUGUAUUUUUUUUUAAUGGAUUUAAUAUUCUGCUUUUACUUAAAUUGUUUGUUGGGGCUCCCAACUCUUCUGCUUUCAACUAAUCUGCUCCCACCAUUGGUUGACCAAUAUGUCAAUCAUCAUGAUGCCCGGCAUUCCCGUCACCAAUAAGGAAGGCAAUAGGAUGAUUGGCAAUGGCUGUCAACCAGCCCAUGUUCCCAAAUGUCCAAGUAUUUUUGUAGUCAGUUACAAAAGUGUUUAAUAAACAAUUGAAAGGUAUUUAUUUUCAUGUUUUUUUG